GGAUCAGCCCUCAUUACUCAUAUUUAUAUAUAUGCCCUCUAUCAAGUUUCGUAUUUUAUCAUAAAACCCACUCAUAAAUCAUAAUUAGUUUCUUAUUUUAACAUGGGCUUCCUAACAUCAAACACGGCGGCGGCGAUUCAACCACGGCGGAGCGCCACCACUAUGGCGGCCGGCGCGUUCUACUUACCCAAAGAAAGCCCGAAAAGGCCCCUCGGAGAAGACGCCCACUUCAUCUACGCCGGAGGCCAGACCAUCGGUGUGGCUGACGGCGUGGGCGCGUGGUCCUUCCAUGGAGUCGACGCCGGAAAGUAUUCCCGAAUGCUCAUGUCCAAAGCCGAAGCCUCCGCCCGUUCUCAGGCAUGCGGCGGCGGCGCGGUCAAUCCCAUGAAAGCCUUGACGGACGCUUACGCCGGCACGAACGUUCUAGGCUCUUCGACGGCGUGUAUUUUGACGUUAACGGAUGACGGAGUCAUCUCGGCCGUUAACGUGGGAGACAGCGGGUUCGCAAUCGUGCGGGCCGGUUCGGUGGAGUACAAGUCCCCGGUCCAGCAGCGGGAGUUCAACUACCCGUUCCAACUCGGGAGGGGCAUAUGGUCGGACCGGCCGGGUGUGGCGGCCCGGAUCAAGGUGGAAGUUCGGCCGGGUGACGUCAUAGUGAUGGCAACCGACGGGCUAUUCGACAACGUUAAAGACGAAUUGGUGGCGGAGUUGGUCGGCGGCGGCGAAGAUGCGCCGGGAAAAGUGGCGGAGCGGUUAGCGAAGGAGGCGCUCAAGAUCGCAAAGAGUAAGGACGUGGAAACGCCGAUUGCGCUGGAGGCACGGAAAGCGGGGAUAAACUAUUCCGGCGGAAAGUACGAUGACAUCACGGUGAUUGUCGCCUACGUUGAAGCUGCGGCAGAUCAAUCUGGAGCUGUUGCUGUAAAUUUGUGAACAUAGUUUUAAUCUGAAUUAAAUAUGCUUUGAGUUCUCUAAGAAUUUGGUCAAAGUAUCGCAUUGGAGACCGUGAAAAGUCGAAUGAGAAGUUAAUUUUAGGACGGAGGGAGUAGCUCUUAAUGGUUCAGACCUCUUACUGGUUCAGCACUUAAUGGUUCAGACCUCUUACUGGUUCAGCACUUACCGAUUCAGAAGUUGCCAAACAGCCCCUUAGACAUAAAGAUUUUGGGCACUC